CACCGACAGAACCGAGCCGCCCGCUGCGCUCCGGGCCGCCCCGCCGACGGCCCCUCCAUGGCCGCGGGGCCGGCGCAGGAGCCGCGUCCCCUCUGGGUCUGCUCGGCCAGCGCCGCUCCGGGGCCCCGUCGAGGCAGCGGCCCGCUGAAUCCCGGAGGCUGGCCUGGACCUCGCCAGGCCUAACCCGCUCCCGUCUGCUCGCAGGAGGCCGGGCCGGGCCCCGGGAGACCAGCCCGGAGGAGAACGGGACGGCGGCCCGGUCACCGCACCCAGCAGCUUCCACUUGACCCUCGCCCCGCAUUCCCUCCGGCGCGGCCGCCCGGCCCCGAGCUCGUUCCUGCGGCUCAGCUCAGCACCGCCAGCGCCCUUCGGCUCCCGGCCGCAGGCGUCAGGAUGUCCGAGAACCAGCCGAACGGCAACAACCACCACCCGGCCAACAACAACGGGGGCGGGGGUGCUGCCGGGGGGAACAACCGGGGCGUCCGCAAUCCCAACCUCAACCAGAACCCCUUGAUCAACGUGCGCGAUCGCCUUUUCCAUGCGCUCUUCUUCAAGAUGGCAGUGACCUACGCUCGCCUCUUCCCACCCUCCUUCCGCCGUGUCUUCGAGUUCUUCGUCCUCCUCAAGGCUCUCUUCGUGCUCUUCAUCCUGGCCUACAUCCACAUCGCCUUCUCCCGCUCGCCCAUCAACUGCCUGGAGCACGUGCGGGACAAGUGGCCCCGCGACGGCAUCCUGCGGGUGGAGAUCCAGCGCAACUCCAGCAGAGCCCCCAUCUUCCUGCAGUUCUGUGGGGGGGAGAAGUUCCCAGGCCUGGUGGUGGAAUCCCCAGCUGAGGAAGAGGAGGAGGAAGAGGAGGAGAUGACUGUGGAUAUGUUUGAAAACAGCUCCAUCAAGUUUGAGCUGGAUAUCGAGCCCAAGGUGUUCCUGAAGCCAUCCAGGGUGAGCAGCAGCGAGGCUCUGCCCCGCAACGAGAGCCAGGAGCUGGCCUUGGGCGAAGCAGCCGCGAAAGGUAUGCAGCCCCUGCGGGAGACUGUGUCCGAGUUUGAGAUGCUAGCCAGAGCAGUGUGGCCACAGGAGGAGUACAUCGUGGAGUACUCGCUGGAGUACGGCUUCCUGCGCCUGUCGCAGAGCACUCGGCAGCGCCUCAGCAUCCCGGUCAUGGUGGUGACCCUGGACCCCACCAGGGAUCAGUGCUUUGGGGACAGGUUCAGUCGCCUGCUGCUGGAUGAGUUCCUGGGCUACGACGACAUCCUGAUGUCCAGUGUCAAAGCUCUGGCUGAGAAUGAGGAAAACAAAGGCUUCCUUCGCAACGUGGUCUCGGGGGAGCACUAUCGCUUCGUCAGCAUGUGGAUGGCCAGGACCUCCUACCUGGCAGCCUUUGUCAUCAUGGUCAUCUUUACCCUCUCUGUCUCCAUGCUGCUGCGCUACUCCCACCACCAGAUCUUUGUCUUCAUUGUUGACCUGCUGCAGAUGCUGGAGAUGAACAUGACCAUUGCCUUCCCUGCAGCUCCUCUGCUCACUGUCAUCCUGGCUCUAGUAGGCAUGGAGGCCAUCAUGUCAGAGUUCUUCAAUGACACCACCACUGCUUUCUACAUCAUCCUGAUCGUGUGGCUGGCUGACCAGUACGAUGCCAUCUGCUGCCACACCAACACCAGCAAGAGGCACUGGCUCAGGUAG